CGGACACAUUACAGCGGGGAUUUGCCAACUGAAACCUUGAUGGCCUCUGUAUCAAAAGCUGCAGUUGCCCAUUGUCGAACAAUCAAAUCAGCUCAAAUCUGGCAAACCCAUACGGCUAAUAACUUGAUUAACGUCUACGCAAGAUGCCGAGAUAUAGUAGCUGCUCUCAAGCUGUUCGAUGAAAUGCCCCUUAGAGACACCGCUUCUUGGAACACCAUGAUUGCUGGCUACGUGAACUCUGGGAAUAUCCAGAGUGCUUGGGAUUUCUUGAAGUCCAUGAAGCAACAUGGUCUUCUGUUUGAUGGCUACACUUAUGGGAGCAUACUUAAAGGUGUUGCCACUAAUGCUUACCUUUCGUUUGGGCUACUGGUGCAUGCCGAUGUUGUUAAGAUGGGGUACGAUGAUAAUGUUUAUUGUGCAAGUGCUCUGGUAGACAUGUAUGCCAAAUGUGGCAGAAUGGAGGAUGCUAGUAAAGCGUUCCUUCAUAUGCCUGAACGCAACACCGUUUCGUGGAAUGCUUUAAUAGCAGGAUAUGCGGAGACUGGUGACUGUAUGAAUUGUUUUAAGUUGAUGGAAAGAAUGGGGAGAGAGGGUGUGCAAAUUGAUGAUGGAACAUUCUGUCCUCUUUUGACAUUGCUAGAUGAUCAGGAUUUAUACAAGCUUGCAAUGCAGCUCCAUGCAAAAAUUAUAAAAAUUGGAUUGGAUUUUGAAAACACAGUUUCUAAUGCUCUACUUAGCGCAUACUCAAACUGCGGAAGCAUCCAGAAUGCUGAAAAGGUGUUUGAUGGGGCUGACAGUUGUCGAGAUCUGAUCACUUGGAAUUCAAUGUUAGCAGCUUACAUAGAAUAUGAUAAAGAGAUGGAUGCAUAUAAACUAUUCUUGGAUAUGGGAAGGCUGGGCAUGGAGCCAGAUAUAUAUACUUUUACUAGUAUAAUAAGUGCCAGUUGUGAAAUUAAUAGAAAAUGGCAGGUAAAGUCCUUGCAUGCUUUGGUUAUCAAGAGGGGACUGGAAAAUGUAACAAGCGUAUCUAAUGCAUUAAUUUCCACGUAUCUAAAAUCCGAUGCCAGUUAUAUGGAUGAUGCAAUGAAAGUUUUUGAGUUUUUGGGUGUGAAAGAUUCUGUUUCGUGGAAUACAAUUUUAACCGGAAUGUCCCAAAAUUCUUUAAGUGAAACCUCCUUCAAGAUUUUUGAGGAAAUGAGGUCCCACAACAUAGAGAUGGAUCAAUAUACCUUUGCCGCUGUCCUUCGAUCUUGCUCAGAUUUGUCAAUAUUUCGAUUGGGUCAAGAAAUUCAUUCCUUGACACUAAAAACAGGAGUCUUUGUAUAUGAAUAUGUGACUGGUGGAUUAAUAUUCAUGUAUUCCAAGUGUGGACACAUUGAGGAUGCAUGGAAAACCUUCGAGGAAUCACCAAAGGAGAGUUCAAUCACUUGGAACUCAAUUAUGUUUGCAUAUGCGCAACAUGGAAUGGGUGAAGUUGCACUUGAUCUUUUCUCUUCAAUGAUAGAUAGAAUUGUCAGUCCAGAUCAUGUGACCUUCAUUGCUGUUCUGACCGCAUGUAGCCACAUAGGUUUGGUGGAAGAAGGUCAAAAUUUUCUGAACUCCAUGGAAUCCAAUUAUGGGAUCCCACCAAGAAUGGAGCAUUAUGCUUGUGCAGUAGAUUUACUUGGGCGGGCCGGGCAUCUUGAGAAGGCAAAGGAGCUUAUUCGAGGGAUGCCGUUCCAACCUGAUUCAAUGGUUUUGAAAACAUUACUUGGAGCUUGCCGAACAUGUGGUGACAUUGAACUAGCCACUGAGGUAGCACAUUGUUUAUUGGAAUUGGAUCCUGGAGAACACUGUAUAUAUGUUUUGCUCACUGAUUUGUUUGGAAAACUAAAGCUUUGGGAUGAAAUAGCUAGUGUAAAGAGGUUGAUGAGAGAGAAGGGAGUCAAGAAAGUUCCUGGUAGGAGUUGGAUAGAAGUCAAUAAUGAGGUGCAUGCUUUUAUUGCAAAAGACCAUUCACACCCCGACUGUAUGCAGAUAUAUGAGUUCCUGGGUAUAUUAAGUGAUGAAAUCAAAUUGUUUGAAAAUGGUUGUGACUUGUGAGCUUGCUGUGGUGCACAUUGAUAUGCUAUGCUGAAGAUUAUGAAUAAAGUCUAUCCUAUACAUCUUCAAGAGAUUUUAUAGGAAAAAGGAUGUCAGUCCUGCUGAUAUGCAUUCAUCUUUUCGUCCAGAAGCACUGUCCAUCUGAUUUGUACAGGGAGCGGCAGAGAAGGUAUGCGAAAUUUCAUAUAGCAUUCUAUCCAAGGUGUAAGAUGUGCAUAGCCAUAUAAGUAACUUGUCAACAUGUAAGAGCUUAUGCAAUUAGUUAAAAGUGUUCGCUUUCCGUCUUGGCUAAUUAAUUAUUAGAUUGGAUUGGAUACCAUGGUAUUCUUAUAGCAGAAAAUAUUCUCCUGCACAAAGAGGGACUGACGCUGGCCUGGUUUUAUUGAAAUAAAUAUACAUUGGAUACAAGUGUGAUAUACUCAGAGGCGUGAUUGGGUUAGUAGGAAAAAAGGGUUUCAUUUUUGUGAUUGUUCUUGAAUGUGUAUUGAUAUGGCUCUUACAUAUUAGUACUUUAUCCCUUUCUCUCUGAUUGAUUCACAAAUCUCGGCUUGCCUCCUCCCUGACACCUAAGAAAGGUUGAGGAUGUCUGCUGUGUGCAGGUCUGUUUCUACAGUGGAGCAUGCCUCAUUGAAGAUGUUCAGCAAUAUGGCAAAAAGGUGAGACCGUUUUUGAAUCUUCUAUUUCUUCCUGCUACCAAAGAUCUAAAGUUUGUUCCAAAAAUUACCAAAGUGAGUUUGAACCGCAAAAUGCUUUUUGAAUUGCAAUCAGAAGAGCUUACAUGUUGACAAGUUACUUAUUGCAAUUAGUUAAAAGUGUUUGCAAUCAGAUGAGCUUAUGCAUAAGCCAUACAAGAGCCUGUUUGGAGACCCCUUUCUUCGGCUUAUCAGGCUUAUCAGCCAGCUUUUUCACCAAACACGUAAUUUUUACUUUCGCGUGCUGAAUUGUGUAAUAAGCAGAAAAAUUAAGGUUGGAGUUACUUUUCUGGCUGUAUUGGCUGAAGUUACUGUAGAUGACCAUUUUAGUUAUUUUUACAUGUAAUUUUUUCUUUAUUUUAUUAAUAAAAUAUAUUUUUAAAAUAUUUUUUUCUAGAAUCAGCAGAAUCAGCCAAAACAGCCACUUCAGCCAAAACUUCAUAAAUUUCAGCAGAACCAGCCAAAACAGCCGAUUUUCGUGCUACCAAACGGGCUCAAAGUGUUUGAACUAGCCAAAGGAGAUCCUUGAAGAAACUCAUCACGGGACCAGCCACUAUUCUUUCUUAAAGGAACUAGCCAUUAUUUGUUCUUUUAUGCUAAGCUUGCUUGUAUGAUAGAGUGAUAUUGGAGGCGCCAAGGUUGCAUCUGAAUUUAGAAAGAACGGUAAAGGAAGAGAAAGGACAACGAGAAGAAGAGCUAGAUAAUCAGGAUAUUGGGUUGAAAUAUGAGAGCAGUUUUAUGUGUUAUAUUUUUGGAAAUCAGCUUUAAUUUGGUCAUAUUGAAGGAAAAAGCCCUUAUUAUAUUGCAUUUUCAUACUGUAAUUGGAGCAGUUUUUGGACAACUUUUCUGAGGCAUAUUGAUCAAAAUUUUAUUGGCUCAUCCACAACAAAAGUCUCUAGG